UAUUUUGGAGUUAAUUGCUAUAAAAUAGGGAAAUAAUUUAAAGACUGGAGUUUGUCGAUGCUGCCUGGGUUCACUUUCUUUGUUGCAGCAUUAGCAGUAAUCCGUAGAUAACAUAAAGAUGCCCCUAUCUAGCAGCAUUAAAAGCAGCCUUGUGGGUGGAGAAAGCUGCAGGUUUUUUUUUUUUUUUUUUUCGCCCUGCUCGUUUUGUUCUUGGCAUCCUUCCAUUUUUCUGAACUUCUGGUACCCGACUGGUAAGACCUGAAACUUGCUGUUUAACAAGUGCCCGUCGCCAAGACAGUUGGUGCACGCGAUCAGCACUGCUACGUCUUCCCCCAGGAGCAGAAAGAAGACACGGUUCAAUGUGCAAACCUUCCCCAUCCCCAGCUUCUCCCUCCAACACCAGAGCAUCACUCGUACAAAUGAAAGCAAAAACCUGUAUCAGCAGCCAUAACCCUGUCAACAGUAACUCAAAGCCAUUCAGAGCGCCCAAAGACAAUCUACUUACCUCCAACAACAAGCAACACGCGGUGUUCUCUUCAAAAGUAUCAAGAGACAAACCAUGCGGUCCUGUUCCUGUAGUGAGCCUCGAGAAAAUCCCAAAUCUUGUGAAAGCAGAUGGUGCCAAUGUUAAAAUGAAUUCAGCCACUAACUCCUCUUCAGCGGCAUCUUCGGCAACCUCCCUAGCAAAACAGUCUGUGGUAACGAAGCCUGUACCCCCUUCACCAGAAAAGAUCCUCAAUGGGAAAGGAAUAUCAUCUUUAGACAAAAAGCAUCAAAAUGGUACCAAAAGCAGCAACAAGCCUUACAAAAGAAUCUGUGAGAGAGAAUUUGAUCCAAAUAAGCACUGUGGAGUACAGGAUCCUGAGACAAAGAAGCCGUGUACAAGAUCUCUCACAUGCAAGACACACACACUUAACCACAGACGAGCAGUUCCAGGUCGUAAGAAACCAUUUGACAUUCUGUUAGCUGAACACAAGGCUCGAUCAAGGGAUAAAGAGGUAUUAAAAGACAAAGAUCAUCCACAGACUGUACGAGAAACGCAUCAAAACCAGCCUGCACCAACGCAAGAACAGUCAUCGGGGUUGUCUGCUAGCUCUGCUUUGGAACCAAAAGUGACAUCACCUGCAAAAGCCCGACCUCCUAAUUCUCUCCUACCUAGACCAUCUUCUGCAAACAGCGUAAAUAGCUCAAGUUCAUCAAACCACAGUGCUUUUGUGCCAGAGCCCACUGUAAAUCUUGCAUCGGGGGAUCUGGCCAGUCGGCUUUCAAGCGAUGAAGGGGAAAUUGAAGGUGUUGAAGAGACAGAAAAAUUAGACUGUUACUACUCUGGACAUCACCCUAAACCUCUUGCGUUUUGCUCAUUUGGAAGCCGUUUGAUGGGAAGAGGGUACUAUGUGUUUGAUAGACGGUGGGAUCGCUUUCGGUUUGCAUUAAAUUCCAUGGUGGAGAAACACUUGAAUUCACAAAUGUGGAAAAAAAUUCCUCCAGCCGCAGAUAGUCCUAUGCCUCCUCCAGCACCACAUAUCAGCAGCUCAUUUCCUGCAUCAGUUCUGCAGCCAUUCAGCAGUCCAAGUUCUGUAUACCUACCCUCCCCUCCCACCAACUCCAGAACCACAUCCUCGAUUAUAUUAUCGAAUGCGUCCUUUGUCUCAACAUCGGACACAAACUCUGUUACAUCACACACCACUGUGUUCCCCCAUGUUGCACCAUCUUUGAAUAUUAUGGACUCUACUUUUAAAGCCCCUUCUGCUGUUUCCUCUGUACUGACCACCAGUCCCUCACCAUCACACAAGCCACCAAAAUCCAAACCUGGGAAAUCUUCAAAAGCAAAAGACCUGUCUUCACGGAGCGACGAGCCUUCAAGUAACAAAAAGAAAAAGCCUCAGACGCCUUCUUCCACCUCUUCCUCCUCUUUACCUUUACAGACGUCCUCCUCGUCUACGUUUUCAGGGUCCCACAAGAAAAACUGCGUUUUGAACUCUAGUGCUACAAUAAACUCUUAUCAGGCAACUUCUUCCUAUAAUAAUGUGUCUGUGCACAAUGCAAACAAUGGAACAAGCCCAAUUAGUGCCAAACUGGAAUCCCCAGUAAGGACUUCUUUGUCUGGUAGCUCAACGGACUCCAUAAAACACAUGAGCAUGGUUGUUAGCAGUAUUGACUCUAGCCUGUCAGUGUCUUCUCUGGUGCACCAUCCUGGGGAGCACACAUUGGCAGUGCACAAUGCAGUGUCCUCGCUGCCUCUUCCCUUUGACAAAUCUGAGGGGAAAAAGCGUAAAAACUCUAGUGCAAGCAGUAAGGCCUGUAAAAUCACUAAAAUGCCUGGUAUGAACAGUGUUCACAAAAAGAGCACCACCAACCUUAUCUCUUCUGUGCCAGAUCCCCCAAAUAGCUCUAUGUCUCGACAGAUGGGGAAAAGUAGCAGUGUAGCUUUGUCACAAUCUACUCCUUCAAGUACAUCAAAUCCUGUACACAACAAGCAAAAGACUUCGAAUCGUGCCGGCAGAAUAAGAACACUUCCAUGACACUGGGAGAUAAUUGGACGAUUACUCUGAGAUCUCAGCAGCCGCCCAUUAAGCUUUUCACUUGCAGUGGGCAGGGACAAUGUCGCCUUUCAUAACUACAUGACGGAGAUGUGUUAGUCUAAAGUUUACAGAACCAAACUGGGUGUUUUUGCUUUGUCACUUAGUUUGUGUAUUACUUUUCCUGUAGAAAUCCUUCUCGAUCUCAAAGGUAUUUUAGGAGAAAAGCAAAAUCUGCCUUGAAACCCUUUCUUCCUCUUCCCCAACUUCUGACAGUAAAAAGGUCACAUCAGCAAUGUCUGUACGUAUUUAUGUUUCCUCUUUUCUUUCCCAAUACAAGUCAUUUCUUUCAAUUCCAUUUAAAAAAGUUACCGCAGCUGAGAAAAUAUGGCACUUGAUGAUAUAAUCAUAAAUGAAUCCAAACUAAUACGUUGAAGAAAAGCCAUGUGGAUUGUCACUGAUAUCUGAUGCGUGAGGUCCAUUUGUUUGGAAAGGUUGUACAUGUAUUACCAGAAUACACAGCGGUGUAAUGUGUAGCAGCUUAAUUUGUAAUGGGAGAUGUUCUGUUACACAAUGUUAUUCACAUUAUAGUGUGUUCUGGGAUCCAAGAGACAAUUGUGAGCCAGCCUUCUUCAUUUGAUGAAGUCUUCCUCAGUUUCUGGUUACCAGUUCCUUGGAUAAAGCAAACUUUGCAAAAAGCAAGAAAAAUAAAAAAAUUACAAAUGUAUGCAUCAGUUUAGUUUUUAAGGGUAUUACUAAAUGGUGGCCUGAGCUAUAAUAUCAAUAGCAACAAAACAGUAAACUUGUGGAACAUUCACUUGCAGAACAUCUUCCAUAUCGAUGGUCAUUUCCAGAGAAACAGCAACUUUAAUGAUGGAAACUGACCACGUUUGUAACACAAACUCUGUUAUCAUGCUACAAUGGUUAUACAGGUGUGAAAGAAAAGUGAGCGGACAGUGAUCUGGUGGCAAUACCAAAACAAUCGUUCUAGUGAAUCUUCAAAUGUAGGCCCUGGUCCUCCAGCCCGUAGUAAGGAAGGGAAUGGUUCUACGUUCCCCAUCCUGUAGUUUAAUAAUAAUAUGCUGAAUAUACUAAAUAGAAAUAUAGCACCUCAAGAAACCUAAUCAGCAGUUGGAUAGUAAACAGUGGCUCCAAUCAUCACUUUAUGUAUCGGAUUAAAUUUAUGUUUGUGGAUUAAAGUGGUUUCUGGGACUCCUAUAUUGAUGAGCUAUGCUCAGGAUACGUCAUCAAUAUCUGAUUGAUUGGGGGUCCAAAUCCCGGAAACCCCGCUAAUCAGCUGUUUGAAGAGGUUUGAGCGCCGCAGCCUCUUUCUAGGCCAGUGACAUACUGUUCAUAGGUCACAUAGCCUACUUGAAUGUGAAUGGGUCUGGGCUUCAGUACCAAGCAUAGCAGCUAUACAAUGUACAGCGCUUUGUUUGGUUGACUGUGAUGAGGCUGCAGCGCUCAUUAGAGAGCUGCAACCUCUUCAAACAGCUGAUCAGUGGGGGUGUCAGGAGUUUGGUCCACACUGAUCAGAUAUUGAAGAGCUAUCCGGAAGCUAGGUCUACAAUAGCCAGAAAACCCCUUUCAAGGACAUUUAUCACAUAUCUACUGGAGUCCUAAGACCCUGUUCCUCCUCACUAGGUGACAGAAGUCAGGAGGUAUUUGAAAGGAACAGAGUAUGCUUGUGAUUGAUGAAAACAGUCAAGUACAGUGCUUUACUGUCUCUGUCAGCCCACAUAUAUUGAAUGGAGCAGCAGGGCUCAUUUUCGACCACUUCUCCAUUCAAACGACUGCAGGGAGAAGGAACGGGUACAGGACUCUAAUUCUAGUGAUGGUUGGGGCCAUCAGCGAUCCUGUGGAUAGGGGAUAAAUGUCAGUUGUAGGACAACUUAAUUCAGAACAGUACAACAGAAAUCAUGCUUUGGGUCACAGCAAUCCUAGUGGACACCAUCUAUUUUAUGAUUCUGACGUUUGACAUGCGUCCCACACUAAGGGUCCUUUUACACAGACCAAUGAUCUGUUAGAAUAUAACGGGAAGAGCGUUUGUAUAAACGCUUGUUCCCAAUAAUCUGCCAGUGUAAAAGGUGCAGCAAUCGCCUAAUGAAUGAGCAAACGCUUGUUCAUCAGGUGAUCCUGCCAUUCAGGCAGCACCAAAAAUCAUUGUCCCUCUGCAUCAAAUUGUCUAAACGACGAUCCGCUACGCAGGAACAACUAUUUUCUGGGACAAACGUUCGCUUUAUCGAUCACUGAGGUGAUUGCUGCAUGUAAAUACAGCCCUCAUCUCUGCCGAUGAUCUGAUCGGGAACGUCUGCUUCAAUUCCAAUACUCUGUCAGAUCAUCAGUAUGUGUAAAAGGAUCUAUGAAGCCAAUAAUAUACCUUGCUAUAGUAAGCUGUGCACUCUAUACCUAACCUAACGUUUUCAUUGAUCAUGCAGUGGCCACAUGAAAUAUGCUAGGAAUAGUAAAUCUAGCAGGUAUGAAUAUUAAAUACUUGGUAAAAUAAAGCAAUUGAAUUGUCUGUAUUAAUAGAAGGAGCUUCCAUAUCAUGUUUUGUACUGCUUAACCUAGGGCGGGAUGGCCAACCUGUGGCUCUACAGCUGUUGUAAAACUACAACUCCCACCAUGCCCUUCUGUAGGCUGAUAGCUGUAGGCAGUUUAGGCAUGCUGGGAGUUGUAGUUUUGCAACAGCUGGAGAGCAUCAGGUUGGCCAUCCCUGACCUAGGGUAUUUGGCUAUGAGCUCGUGCCUAGACAGCUUUUAAAGGGGUUGUGCAGUGAUUUAUAUUGAUACACGGCACCCCCGCCGAUCAGCUGUUUGACGAGGAGGUGGCGCUCAAUGAAUGGAGCAAGUACUUCCAGGAUGAAGU